AUGCCGCCACGAGCCAAGAUUUCCANNGUUGUGUUGCUUCUUUCUCUGGCCGCUAUGGGUAGCAUAGUCUCCAUCGCACGGAUUCCUUUCAUCCGCGGAGGAAGAUAUCAACUCAGUACAACUGCAAAACUCCCUCGAGUAGUCAUUCUCGCAGCUAUAGAAGCAGGCAUUGGCAUCAUCGCACUUUCGCUGGCUACGCUGCGACCACUUGUCAAGACCUGGAUGGAUGCAUUGAGUAGCAAAGCUUCCUCAUCAUCUGAGGAUGUCGAGCGUCAGGUCGCCGCUGCUGCGCACCGAGGCGUGCCAGCUGUGGUUGUCGCUGGUCCUUCUGGAAACCAAGAAUGCGAGGUCAUUGACAUUGAGAUGGCGAGACCCAAAGACAGACGGACGGAUUCGCACUGGAACGAUCAAGUUAUUGCGACUAUCUCGAUGCCAUCGGAAAUUUCUGGAAGAUAUGGUGUUCUGGAUAGUGUUUAUUCUGCCGACAAGCAUGAGAGAUGA